ACCACAAAAAAAGAAAAUUCAUUUCGUCUCGGAAAUCUCUGUACGUUACCCAUUUCCUUACACAUCAAUCUCUUUAUAUAUAGAAUAUCUCAUUAGUCAAUAAAUUAAAUCAGUAAUCGCAAUUGGUAAUCAUUCCAUAUCUCUCCGCAUAUAUGUGUCCUUUAAGCGCCAAAGACUUGCACAGGAUUUUCCAAAACCUCGACAGAAAUGGCGAUGGCGUCUUAAAUUUAGAAGAUCUAAAUUGGCUUCUUGAAAGAAUUGGAGUCUAUUUCAGUCUGGAGGAGCUUGAAUCUUCUGUAGGGAAGUCUAGUCUUAACUUCAAGGAGUUUUUGUCCUUUUACGACUCCAUAACUAAACAAAACGACAGUGGCAAUGGCGAUGAAAUAGUGGAAGAAGAGGAGGAGAUGAAAGAUCUUGCUAAGGCGUUUAAGGUGUUUGAUAUCAAUGGGGAUGGCUUCAUUUCAAGUGAGGAGCUUCAAAGUGUGCUUUUAAGAUUGGGAUUGUGGGAUGAAAUGACUGGUAAAGAUUGUAGGAGUAUGAUUUGUGUUUAUGAUACUAACUUUGAUGGAGUUCUUGAUUUUGAAGAAUUCAAGAACAUGAUGCUCUGUGCUACUUCUGGAAUUCUUUAAGAAAAUAACAUGUAGUUUUACACUUUUCAUUUCAGGAUUUGUCAAUUGCUUUUUGGUUGAUGGAAUUUGUUUUUUUUUUUUAUGAAUAAUUAAGCUUUGAAGCUUCAAGCGAUGAGAUGGGAUGACAAACAAUCCCUUAAUUAGAGAUUUCGAGUUUGAACUAUGUGUAUGAAGUCUUUUUAUAAACCCGAGAAGGAACAUUUUGCCCCUUGCGUGAA